AUGACUGAUCACGUCGUGGCUCAGCGCUAUCGUCUCGACGCGAAUGGUGGCUUGCGCGACGCCUACCUAUACCAGGAAGAAGACGAUAUCCAUGCUCGCAAGCAGCAUAGCCACUCGCACCACGUCGGAGCUGCCAAUGCCAACGAGGAUUCACCUCGUCCCUCCUCAUCUCUCCCCUCGAGCGUCUUUGCAGGUCAACGUCCCUUCCAGCAGCCCCCACCCGUGCCUGCGCGGCCAGCUCGAGCAGCUCCACCACCAAUGACUCGCAACUUCUCAAGGCCCAAUCACCCGUAUAACAGCGCUGCGUCAACUUUAGCGCCAGGCGACGGCUAUGACACCAGGCGCUUCAGCUUCGAUGACGACCACAGUCCUGGUUCGUCACGCCCUCCUAGCCUCUCCUUCUCCGCAUCCCGCGACUCUGAGAGCCACGCCGAGGCACCUCAGACACCCUUCAAGUCGCCUACCGACCUUCUUGAUGUGCAACACCCCGUCGACUUUGGCACCGUCAUUGAGGACGAUGACAAGGAGAAUGGCGGCAGCGAGAAGAGCGGCUUCGUCAGGAAGCUCAGACAUGCAGCCAGCUCGACCGGCUUGAGUCGCUCCUUGACAGGCAAGCGCAGCGUGAGCGCCAAGUCGGGCAACGCAGUACCACCCACACCUAGCGGUGAGCUCCCUCCGGCUCUGCGGGACGAAUACGACGGCGACUACUUUGGUCAGCAGCUUCAAGCCGCACAGAACAAGGGCAAUGUGCGCUCAGCGUCGUCAAGCGUCACGCCGUCGCCAGAUGUGUUGGAGAAGCCUUUGCCGCCCAUCGGUAGAGACUUUGAAGCCACUCGUAAUCGCAAGGCCAGCUUUGGUAAUCGUGCACGCCCAGAGUAUAUAGACCUACGGGCCCCUGGCGGCGAGAAGAAGAAGGGAAAACGAAACUUUCUCAAGACGCUCAUCAUCGGCAGCGAUCGCAGCAAUGACUCGACCUUCCUCCCACCUCCUCCUGCCUCGGCGCCUGCGCACGCUACGGAGUUCGGCGAGGCUGCGCUGAUGGCUAGGGGCAGCUCCGCCACGAGUCAAGGCAGUCAGGGCGGCAAGGCAGGCCGCAUCCUUGGCUUGAACGAAGAAAUCCCGAUGAGCAAGGCAGAUCGUCUUUUGGGCUUCAAUGAGCAGCAGCGCCGUCGCGAGAGCAGAUUCAUGGCCGAGCUCCUUGCCAAGCGUCAGGAUCCCCUCGCAGAGUUUGCGCCAGAUUGGAAGGAGUCUCGCGCACCUUCUCGACUUGACAACUUUCACAGCGCCUCAACCACUGCUGCAUCAUCAGCCUGCUCAUCACCAACAGGCAGCGAGGCACCGCUGCCAUCCGCUAGCGUGUCAGGCAGUGAGGCGCCAGCGACCCACCAUCAUCACGCAGAGUCAACGUCAACUGAAGACAGCUUCACCACUGCGAGCUCGAGCGACUCCGGCCGGGCUUCGGAUACGGCGCCGCGAGUGUCUGCAAGGGCGCCGCAGCUUACCGAUGAGAUCAGCAUGCACUCCAGGGAGCUGUCCGACGAGCUGACUGAGGACAUUAAUGCUGUGCUGCGGUCCCAGCGCAAUUCAUUCCAGAAGGUCGACGAGAUCAUGGCCGUCCACCGUCAGAUCACCAAGCGCAACAGUAGCAUGCGUCAUCACAGAAAGUCGUCCAGCACUUCCUCCUCCCGAUCGGCAGGCUACAAACCCGCCAUCUCAUCCUCUCUGGCUUCAUCCCAUCAGUCGUCACCCGUCUCUACACAUGCAUCUCUCCGCUCCAAAGAGGAUGCCGCAUCGACUAGCCCAAUGGUGUCCUCAAAGCAUCUUCCCACAUCCAGCAUCUCUGCGUCCGAGGCAUCCGUUGCGUCGACGGUCUCGUCCACCAGGGGCAGCUCCACAUCUGCGACGUCAGGCAGUAGUCGCAACCAGAAAUGGAACCAUGGCGACUCCACUCUGCUGCCGGCUUCUCCAGCCACCCGUCCUGGCCUUGGCCUGCGCUACAGGACAGCGCACAACAUCAGGUCACCUCCGCGCAGCAGCGUUGCCGGACCUCCCACCAGCGAGCCGAUGGCGCGCGUAUGCUCAGAGCCGAUGAAAGGUGCAGGCCAGGCCAGUGCAGCUGCGGCUGCUGGCUCUACUGCAGGCGCGAGUCAUCCCUUCGCUUUCCCCGCUGUUCGCCCGAGUCUGCGAAUGGCCAAGACCAGUGCAAUUCUUCCGCAAGCACGCGGAACGACUACGCGCGCCUCGCGCAUGCUCUCCGACUUGCCAGCCCUUUCCACCCUCCUUCAUUCCUGCCUAUUGGCCAGCAAGUCCACAACGCAGAGUCCGUGGUACGACUUGACUCAUCGCCCACUCUGCGCAUCGUCACCGAAGGACCGUAUCCCUCGCUCAUGGUCAGGCUACAUAAGGGCCUACGCUCGGGGCGAGUUCGAUCUGAGUCAACCACCCAAGCCCAGAUCAGCCCCGCUCGUGGAGCACGCCGUACCGCGCUCAUCGCCCAAUCCAGCGGUAGAGCGUCGAGCUCGUCAAACAUCGCUGGAGGAUGGGCCUCUCGACUCUCUCCCCAAGGGCAUCGGCCUCGAUUUUGCGUUCCCUAUGCCGCCGUCCCGCGCAGAUGGGCACGAGAAGGGUCUCGAGGCCCCUGGACAGCAUUUAAACUACCUGCAGGUGCAGCAUGAGCCUCGCCGAGGAUCAGAGGCUACGAUUCAGACCAUCGCAGCAAAGAGUCCGCUACUUGACGGUGCCACUGAGGAUCCUGAGGACACUUUGCAGAUGGAGGCAGAGGAGGUUCUCGCUGUUGGUGGUAUGGGGGACCUCAAGGCUCCUCGCCCGCCUUAUGAGGCCGAACGGCAGCAAGCUACGAUGCAAUACCUCGCUGCGUUGGGUAUCGAUGGCGAGUGCCGCGCCGCGUCCUACCAGAGCUCCAGGCUGGUGGCUAUUGUCGAUCGUCUUGCGGCCAUGCUCUCCACCAGGCAAGCCAGCAUUCAGCUCGUCUCCGACGACGAGGUCAUCAGCCUCGCCAAAUCGGGGCAGACCUUUGGAAUGGGCGAUGAUGAGGGAGGCAGGACGCCCAGAGCAGACGAUGCAUCCUCGCAGCGAGGCAUGCUUGGGCUCGAUCUUUUCGGCUCGGCGGUAGCAGUUCCUCUGCGUGAUGCUUCACUCGACGCUCAUGCGAUCCUGAGUCGACACGGCCUGCCCGUCGUCAUCACCGACGUACACAAUGACUGGCGCUUCUCAAUGCGAGCUUCCUCGAGCGAUGGAGCUUUCUUUGCCGCGGCCUCCAUCAUGUCCGAAGAUGGGCUUCCGAUCGGUACUGUGAGCAUCAGCGACAUUUCCACCCGCCCACAUGGUCUUACCAAGCACGAGCAGCACUGUCUUGCAGAGGCAUCGCGAGAAAUCUCUGCCGAACUCGAACAGUUACGUCGAAUGGCUCUCGGAACUCGACUGGCGAGGCUUGAUGAGAGCUUGGCCUCCUGGUCUCUCCAGAGCGAGGACGCUGCAGACGAUGCAGCGCCUGCCUCCUGGUCUCCGGCGAGGCAGCCCUUGAGCAUCGAGUCGACGCUGCUACUCGCGCCUCUUGGGCCCCAAGCCGGCUGCGCGGCCCCUCCAAGCCCUGGCACGCUCGCGCAAAGGCGGGGAGCCAAGACGCCGCAGAGCCUCGCUGUACCCUCUGCCCGCUCUCAACAGCAUUUACCGGUCGCUGCUCUACGGAGCGCUCUCAAGACGAUGGUCGAAGCUCUACAGAUGGAUCUGGCGUACAUUGCUCACGUCUCGCCAAGACCUGAACGGUCCUCGAGUAACGCUGCACACUUCCAGUGCUCCGUCAUCGUCCAGCACGAUCGGGCGGCCCCGAUGCCUACGGUGCUCCGCCCAGACGUUGGUCUGCAUCUCUGCGCUCUUGCCGCCCCUUCGAAGCGUGGUCUCCACUUUCAGCAGGACUCAGCACGCGUUUCUGAGCUGCUCGGCCGUAGCCUGGGAAGCAGCAAUGACGCGCUCAGCGGCGUCUUCCACACUGCUGCGGUCGUCAACUGUGGCCUCAAGGGAGGGGUGUCAGGUGUGCAAGACGGCCGCAUUGCGAAGGACACUGAGGGAUGGGUACUCUGUGUGGCCAGCAAGUCAAAGGACGUACGCUUCGCGCCAGAAAGCACCAUCUACUUACUGCGGUUUGCCAGCUUGCUCAUCCCAAUGUUGCUCGAGUCGGCAGCAGCGGCCGAGGCAGCGGUGGCUUCAUCUUCGCCCUCGCCCAAGUGGUCCACAUCGCCGUCCGGCGCAGCCUCUGCUCUGCCGGCUCAUCUGAUAAUCAACGGCGGGCGAGCCCGCAGUGCCUCGCGUGUGGGCUCUACCCCUUCACCGCCUGGAGGUCGCAUGGAUGCGCCCUUGGGACCGGCGUCUUCCUCGUCGUCUUCUUCCUCUUCCUCCGCAAGGCCUCGCUGCAUGAGCCCCGGUAUGCGUCGAGGCGGAGGCGCACCACCACCCCUCUCGCCUCCUCCCAACGAGCCACUGCCUCUCCUCCCCAGCACGCCCAGCCCAGUCAUCGCACUGCGCAACCUACCGAGCAUCUCCGGUACCUCUACCAGCAAAGCUCCUCCUAGCAAGCCACCCAGCGCUGCUCUGCCACCAAUUCCUCCUCCUCGUUCCACAGGCGCACUUCUGGCUGGCGUCACGUCGAAUGAACCACCUUCUUCCAUCGCACCAUCCUCAACGAUAGAUCAGCUCAGCCAGUUGACCUCGCUCCCUUCGAUGAAUUUUGCCGACCUAGGCCGCGAGUGGGCAGGCAACUAUGAUGAGGAGGGGCGCUACGAUGAUGAUGACGAGGACGACAAGGAUAGCGAGGAUGGGCUUGACUAUCUGAUGGAGGCACCUAAGCCUCCCAGACACGCGUACAAGGCGGCCGUCAUUGCAGGUGGAACGCGCGAGUGA